CAUGAGGACCAGCGGCAGCGCACACCUGCAUAGUGUCAUAAAAUCAUGAUAGUCACCUGCAGAUGGCUUAAACAACAUUUGUGUUUCCAGUGGCUGUGUUAAGGAUGGAAAGUAAUAAGGUGGUCGCGAAUCAGCAACCAAUGGAGAAAUACGAGAAACUAGCCAAAAUUGGUGAAGGCUCUUACGGGGUGGUUUUUAAGUGCAGAAACAGAGACACAGACCAAAUUGUCGCCAUCAAAAAGUUUGUGGAAUCAGAAGACGAUCCCAUGAUCAAGAAGAUUGCGCUGAGGGAAAUUCGCAUGCUGAAGCAGUUGAAGCACGUUAAUCUGGUCAAUUUACUGGAGGUGUUCCGCAAGAAACGGCGCCUCCAUCUGGUCUUUGAGUUCUGCGAGCAGACGGUCCUCAACGAGCUGGAAAAACACCCUCGAGGGGUUCCCGAGGCUCAGCUGAAGAGCAUCGCGUGGCAGACGCUACAGGCGGUCAACUUUUGCCACAAGCACAAUUGCAUCCACCGUGACGUUAAGCCUGAGAACAUCCUCCUCACCAAGACCGGCAUUAUCAAGUUGUGCGACUUUGGGUUCGCUCGCAUUCUCACGGGACCAGAAGACGACUACACGGACUACGUGGCGACCCGCUGGUACCGUGCUCCAGAACUGCUGGUCGGGGACACUCAGUACGGCCCCCCGGUGGACGUAUGGGCGCUGGGAUGCGUUUUUGCUGAGCUGCUCUGCGGGAGUCCGCUCUGGCCGGGGAAGUCCGACGUGGACCAGCUCUACCUCAUCCGCAAAACUCUCGGGGACCUCAUCCCUCGGCACCAGCAGGUGUUCCGCUCUAAUGUUUUUUUCAGUGGAGUUAGUAUUCCGGAACCUGACACCACGGAAACUCUGGAAAAGCGAUUUUCUGGAGCAUCGUCACAGGCUCUCCAGGUCAUGAAGUCGUGCCUAGUGAUGGAUCCGUCACUCAGGCUGUCGUGCGAGGAGCUUCUGGCGCUGCCCUACAUCCACGGGGAUGCUAGCACCGCUUGGGCUCGCGAGGGGGAACAACGUCUCGCUAGACGCCAUGACAGAGGGUUCCGUCGCAGACAGACUGGGGCUCAGUACCUGCCACAGUUAGCAAACAGCAACAUGUCACCGGCACCUGAUGUCAAGAAGCCGGUGAAAAUCAAGUAUCACCUGCCUAAUAUUUAGCCAAUAACCAGCAGCCAUCUUCUUCGUUGUGUACAUCUAGACUGGUACUUUAAUUUAUAAUGCCCCAACUUGGUAGUGUUUUGAGCAGUCACUUGGUUAAUAUAUAUACGUAUGGCGGAAAACACAGACAAGACUGAAAAAGCAGUUUCUGCCCUUGCACUCCUCUUUAAAAGUAACUGCUGUAUUCUAAGCGAAAACACCUGUUGUGUUUGAUAGAACAACACGUCUAUAUGCCUCCGUGGCAGAUUCAUGGCACAUGAAGCCCCCGAACUAUUUUUAAUUUGUCCGUUUUACCCUGAAAAACCCCGUUUACAGACGUCGCACAACCUCUUUUGUUUCAACCCAGCCAUAAGACGAAGGUAAUUAAUUAUAUUUAUUAUUCAAAAUGUCUGUCAUUCUUAGCUUAGAAUCAUUUAUUGAUGUCUAAUAUUUAGUUUAAAAAAAAAAAACGACUUUGAAAAAUUAUUCA